UAGCCACUUUGGCCAGCAAAAUCCUCCAGGGUUAAAAGAAACGAAUCUUUUCCCAAAGCUUUCGGCUUUACCACGCCUUCCUCAGUGGUAAGAUUGUCAAUUAUUUGAACCCUUGUCCACAAUCUCCUUUGCUUCUCUUGGCAUUUUACAUCGGCAGGGAAUUUUCACUAGAAUUUUCUCAAUUUUUCCUUUCUUUUUCUUCUCUGAGGAGCGAACGCACAGUAAACAAUCAAAAAGUAACAUCCAAACCUGUCUUUAAGACUUCCCGAUUUUGUCGUAGGACAGAAUAUAAGAAAAAAACAAGAAAUGUCCAUGGAAAACAUGGGACGAAUCUAUUGGAUUGUCCAUGGAUACUCUUUAUGGGGAAACACGUCAUGGUGAGCAAGGAAUAUUCCGCAAUAAUGUAAGAUGUCGUGAAAUUCCAAAAUUAGCACGCAAAGAUCACGCUGUGAAGAUGGUUUACGUGUCACGAGAUGGUUCCGUGCACCAGGGAAAUGCUCCGUGGAGUUUGGAGCGACUGGUGGCACUCUUCUGGGGCAUUUGCAAUUUCAUCUAUGUCUUCUUUCUAACAAUGUUCAACAUGGAUCCAGAUAAUCCCAGAGGGGGAUUCUCACGGGGUUCCUGGGGUGGAGGAGGAGGAAGUGGCGGUGGAGGGAACCCCCCAAGACCACCAACGAGACGAAUGGGUGGCUUCAAGACACUCUCAGAUUGUUCCGUUCCCGGAGGUGGAUGAGCACGGUAAAGUGCCUCCGAAGGGAUUAACUUCCCAGCCGGAGGCACAGCUUGGGGAUCUGCAGUGUGUUCCCCAGCUGGUUGCUUGAGCUUUCAAUGCUCUCUGUGACGAGAAAUCCAUAAACCACGUGAAAAUGGUGGGAUUUUUCCGAAGUGGCACCUGUUGGGGAUUCAUCUGCAGAUAAAUACGCGCGGGAAUGGGAUUCAGCAUCUCCUCGAAUUUUUGUGAACAAGAAAAAAUCAGUGAAGUAACUCUGGGAAAGAUUCAGCAAUGAAUUCUUUUAAUCAACCAUUUAAUUGUGCUUUAUUAACAUCCUAAAUCCCUGAAUUUAAGAGAUUGUCCGGAGACAUUUGUAGUGUUUACCGUGAACUGUUAAUGGGUUUAUUGGUGUGGCGGGAAGAACAAAGAAACUACGACGGUGAUGGUGAAAAAAUGAUUAAUUUUGUUCUUUUUCUCCAUUUUAGUCAAAUAAAUAAAUUUUAUUGGAAUAAAAAA